AUGCAUGAAGCUCUAACCAUAGAUCGUCCUGCUUCGCAGAAUGUUCAUGACAGCCGCUUUGCUGCCCUGUACGAAUUGGACGGCGGGAUUACAGAGCUCUUUGCGAAAGAGCUGAUAUCGCAGUCAGGUUUGGCUCUGUCCAGUCAUGACCCUGUAGUGAUUCUUGACAAUGCUUGUGGUACGGGCGCCGUUUCAAGCGUCCUUCACCGUACCAUUGGCAGCGACAAGAAAGGUAACUGGCAGUUGACCUGUGGCGAUAUGUCAGAUAGUAUGCUUUAUUACACUAGGCAGAAGAUGCUACAGGAAGAAUGGCAUAAUACCGAAGUGAAGAUCGUAAAUGCACAAAACACCUGUCUACCUAGUGCACAUUACACUCAUGUGUUUACAGCCUUUGCUUUCAAUCUCUUCCCGGACGAUUUUUCUGCUAUGAAAGGUAGCCGGAAUGCGUCAGAAUACUUCAACCUGGUGGCAUUCUGGCAGUUUCCACGUGGAAGAGCAGUGGUAUUCCCGACCGAAGCCAUCUGGGUCUGCACGCUUACUGCUGCCAUGGCCAGCUUGCCGGGAAGUGUUCCAGCUCCGUCGGAGAAAGAGAUUGAUAGACUACACAACGUCGGCUGGGACGAGGAGUCUUCUGUGCGAGCUAAGUUCGAGCAAGCCGGGCUUAGUAACAUCCAAGUUAGAACGGUGAAGAAGGAGCAUUUGUUCCCCAUGGACCAGUUUGUUGAAAGUUGCACCAUCAUUAUUCCCAUGAUCGUCAACACUUUCUGGACGCAGGAUCAGCGAGACCAGUAUGAAUCCCAGUUGCCAUUGGCAAUUCGUCGCUACGCUGAGGGAAAAUUUGGGAAGGAUGGAUUGGCUUCCCUGGAAGCUGAAGCUAUCAUUGCUACAAGCCGUAAACCUUGA